AGUUCGGGCUCGUUGUAUUCACUUUAUUCAGACCAACGAAUAACAUAUUUUAAUUUGUAACAUAGUAGUUGAUUUAUAUUUUGUUUUAAUACUCAAAAUCUGCAAAGUAACUAAACUUUGAAAAUAAAUGUCCUUUGUGUCCAAAAUGUAGUAGAAGUAACAAGAGAAAUAGAAAACAUCUAUGUUAAUGCAAAAGCAUUAGUGCAGGUGAAAAUCUGAGGGUGACGAGUAUUUCAAUAUUUAUAUGAGACGGAAUGCAAAUGUUACAUGUUAACCUGAAGGACCAUUAUAUGGUAUGGUAUUUAGAAAAGGGCAAUUCAAAAUUGUGGAAUUCAAUUAAUUUUGUUUAAUUUAAUUCUAUUUAAUUUUGUUUGGGAUAUACUCAUCAUACUAUAAAAAAAACACCACAGAUCCCUCUUAAUUGUAGCAGUGAAUGGAAGAAAAGUACUAGUACUGUCCUUAAGCACAUCAUUAGAAUUGAUGUGCUUAUUUAGUUGUCAUUAGCAUUUAAUGAAACCAAACAACGAUGAAGCACUUGUCCUCCAACACGAGUAGUUAUCUCAUCAGCAGAUAACAGGUGAGAGUGAAAAGAAGAAGCAAUGUGAUAACUUCCUCAAUCGUUCAUCAUCAGCGCUUACAAGUUGCUGGCUGUCUUCAACGCAUUACACAGGGAGAUCAGUGACAAUCAGUGGUAAUCUUUGCCCUCCAAGUCAGUUAAUCAUUCAGGGAAAAGUCAAGGAGUUAAAAGCUUGUAAAUGAAAAAACUCAGAGAGGAUUCCACCAUCACUGGAAUCGCAGCAUGGCUACCAAGCAGUCCGAGGGUGAUGCACCCGGAGACGUGAGUGACGAGAGCCGAACAUGUGGACUUCUGGUGAGGCUCAGGAAGUUCAAGCCCAAGGAAGUUUUCACCUGGCAGUUGGCGAAGACGUUGGCCAUGGGUCAGGGUCUGGCUGGGCUCAUCUGUGGGACGGCCAUCUCCUCCCAGUAUCUGGCCACGAGCUUCCAUGUGAACACACCGAUGCUGCAGAGCCUCUUUAACUACGCCCUGCUGUGUGUCACCUACACCCCAAUGCUGUUCUGCAGAACAGGGGAUGGCCAUGUUUUACAGAUACUGAAGAGGCGAUGGUGGAAGUAUCUUCUGCUGGGGCUGGUGGACGUGGAGGCCAACUACGCCGUGGUUAAAGCCUACCAGUACACCACCCUCACCAGCGUCCAGCUGCUGGACUCCUUUGUGAUCCCGGUGCUGAUGAUCCUGUCUUGGUGGGUUCUGAAGACGAGAUACGGUCCGGUCCACUACGUAGCCGUCUGCAUCUGUCUCCUUGGGGUUGGGGCCAUGGUGGGGGCCGACCUGCUGGCUGGAAGAGACCAAGGUUCCACCUCAAACAUCCUGCUCGGGGACGGCUUAGUGCUGCUCAGUGCUUCUCUGUACGCCGUGUCCAAUGUGUGUCAGGAGUACACCGUGAAGAACCUCAGCAGGGUGGAGUUCCUGGGCAUGGUCGGCCUGUUCGGCACCAUCAUCAGCACCGUCCAGAUGGUGAUUCUGGAACGUAAUGCAGUGGGGAACCUCCAGUGGAGCUGGCAGGUCGGGCUCCUGUUCUCUGCCUACGGGCUGUGCAUGUACGCUUUGUACAGCUGUAUGCCCAUCGUGGUGAAGAUGAGCAGCGCCACCGCAGUAAACCUCUCUCUGCUCUCCGCCGACCUCUUCAGCCUCUUUUGCGGAAUCUUCCUCUUCCAGUACAACUUCUCUGGGCUCUACCUGGUCUCGCUGGUGGCUAUCCUCAUCGGCUUCAUCACCUUCAACGCCGUGCCAACACCCACUGAACCCACUGCCUCCUCUCCCUCCUCCAUCUGUGAGGAAGGUUACUCUGAGGACCCGGCAGCCAUCAGGAGAGACUUCCCCAACGGGGAGGAGGCUGUGAGGAUCACUGCUGAGGAAGAGGCGCAGCAGGGCCGGGGAGGGCCGGAGGAGGGGUUGGAGGGAGAGCAGAGACAGAGAGGGAAGAUCAGAGCAUCAGGACAAUCACAGGCUCUCGAAAGAGGGAGCGGCAAACAGGACGAUUUUGCUGUCCGACACAGCACUAAAAUGUGAACUACAGCAUGGCAAACUGUCAAUGUGUCAUGUACAUUGACACAUUUAUUUAUUUAUUGAAACGUGCAGGAGUCGGUUGGAAUUAAACGGAACAGAACAUAAGACAAAUACUGGAAAUCAUCUGCGGCAAAUUUUUGUGUUAUAUGAAUAUAUAUAUACAUAUGUAUGUGUAAAGUAUUGUUUAUUUUUUAUUACAGGACUUUAAAUGUGA